AUGGGCUCCGUCAAGCAAGGAGUACAAAUACGCGAGGGAAUAGAGCCCCCCUCUCGCUGCAGAUUCGUGCUGGGAUUAGAGGCUCCUCACCCUCCUCACAACAGUGCUGUAGAAUCGCCUGGAGGCUCUGAGGAAAGAGCUCUAGGGACUUGUGAGGGUAUAGGGAAGAGCGAACCACGGAGCAGUGGCUCUGAAGCAGGGCUGAGCAGUGCUUGCGGUGAGGAGAGGGGUGAAAGUAGAAGCUCAAUGGAAGCGGAAGAGGAGGGAGAGGUGGGAGAGGAGAGAGAGGAGGGGAAGGAGGGGGAGAAGAGGGAGGAGGAUGAGGAGGAGGAGGCGGGAGAGAAGGGGGGGAAGAAGGGGAAGGAAGGGGAGAAGGGGGAGAAGGAAGGGAAGAAGGGAGAAGGAAGGAAGAAGGAGAAGGAUGGUGAUGUGAGAGGAGGUCGUGGCAGGCUUCAUGAACAUGAGGAGGUGAAAGAUGGUGGUCCGGAAGGUGUCUGUAGGCUUAGUGAAGAUGCUUGUAUGGGGGAUGGACGUAAAAAGGAUGGGGCGAAGGGGAACCAGGUGGAGAGGGGAGGAGGUGUGGAGGGUGGUGGUCACGAGAGGCGUGGAGAUGAGGGGGGUGGAAAGGAAGGGGGUGGAAAGGAGGGGGGUGGUGGCAAGCGGGGUGGUGGUGGUGUGGAUGGUGGUGGUGUGGAUGGUGGUGUUGGCGAUGGGUGUAAGGACAGCUGGGCAGCUGAUUCUGCUGCAGCAGGAGGGAGAGAUGGAAAAGGGGAAGAUGAGGACAGGGGAGACAUGGAGGGGGGAGAUGGGAAUGGGGGAGAGAAAAGGGGCGAUGGGAAGGCGGGAGAUGAAGGGAGGAGGAAUGGGAAGGGUGGUAAGGAGGGGCCACACGCUGCAGUGCAUGAGGCAGGAACCACCACCCAGCAGCACUGUGCUCUUAUCGAGCCUGCUAGUAAUGAGAAUGCUCUUCUCGACCCAUCGACCAGUCAGCAACAAGGCACUGUUGCAGUGUCAUCAGCGGUUGUGACUUGCAAAAAGGGUGCUAUCCCACCAUCAGCUCUUGAGACGUCUGAGAAGGGUGCUAUCGUGGUGGCAUCGUCCCCUGAAGGCCAGCAUGCCACCUGUCACCCGCCUUCCCCCCGCCCGUUCGUCUUCACCAAGGACCAGUGCCAGCAGUGGCUGGACAGGCAGCAGCUGGGUGCGGUGGAGGUGAAGGCAGAGGGCUUGCAACGGCUGGGGCGACGGAGUGGAGUGAAGCAGCAGCUGGGUGCGGUGGAGGUGAAGGCAGCGGACUUGCAGCGGCUGCUGCCUGGGGAGUGUUUGAAUGACACGGUCAUCGACUUUUAUGUCAAGUUCAUUGAACAGACGAUGCUGCAGGAGCCACAGCGGUCGCGGUUCCAUUUCUUCAGCACUUUUUUCUCCACCUCGCUCUCCCGCCCAGGAGCGAUUUGUAAGUGGUGUGUUGUGCAGUCUGGUGGUGUGUUGUGCAGUCUGGUGGUGUGUUGUGCAGUCUGGUGGUGUGUUGUGCAGUCUGGUGGUGUGUUGUGCAGUCUGGUGGUGUGUUGUGCGUCUGGUGGUGUGUUGUGCAGUCUGGUGGUGUGUUGUGCGGUCUGGUGGUGUGUUGUGCGGUCUGGUGGUGUGUUUGUGCAGUCUGUGGUGUGUUGUGCGGUCUGGUGGUGUGUUGUGCAGUCUGGUGGUGUGUUGUGCGGUCUGGUGGUGUGUUGUGCGGUCUGGUGGUGUGUUGUGCGGUCUGGUGGUUGUGUGCGGUCUGGUGGUGUGUUGUGCGGUCUGGUGGUGUGUUGUGCGGUCUGGUGGGUGUGUUGUGCGGUCUGGUGGUGUGUUGUGCGGUCUGGUGGUGUGUUGUGCGGUCUGGUGGUGUGUUGUGCGGUCUGGUGGUGUGUUGUGCGGUCUGGUGGUGUGUUGUGCGGUCUGGUGGUGUGUUGUGCGGUCUGGUGGUGUGUUGUGCAGUCUGGUGGUGUGUUGUGCAGUCUGGUGGUGUGUUGUGCGGUGCAGUGCUCCAGGGGAGCCGCAUCGGUCGCGACUCCACUUCUUCAGCACCUUCUUCUCCACCUCGCUUUUCCAUGCCCAGGAGCGAUUCGUCAAGCUGACUCAGGACCCGCACGAGCUGAUGCGCCUGACAAGGUGGACGAGGGGCACGGACAUAUUCUCAAAGGAUUUCAUCGUCAUCCCCUUCCACGAAGAGUACGCCCCCCUGUUGCUCUCGCCAUCUUUGGCCUCUCUGCCCGCGUCUGCCCGUCUCUGCCUGCCUUAGCCCAUCCCUUCCCCUCUCUUGUCGUUGUCGGCAAGGACGUGAGGAAGGCGCACCUCUCUACCCCCAUGCCCUUACGCACGCCCGCUCCCCACUUGAUCCCCAAUAACCUUUCAAUCCCUCAGGGCGGUGAUCUUUUGAGACGUCUCAAAACUCGUCACCGUGAGAGGGUGUUGAGCCAGGAUGUGGAACCAGGUGUGAAUGGUUCCGGUGAGAGGGUGUUGAGUGUGCAGGGCGGUGAUUCCCAGUCCCAAGGUGAUGGUAUGGUGUGGGGUGUGAGGAAGCAGCUGCAAACACGCAGCAGGGCGAGGGGUAAGGCGAGAGGAGGAGCGCCAAGGGAGGAUGAGGGGGAGAAGGAGAAGGAGGAGGGGGAGAAGGAGGAGGAGGGGGAGAAGGAGAAGGAGGAGGGAGAAGGAGGAGGGGGGGAAGGAGGAGGAGGGGAGAAGGAGAAGGAGGAGGGGGAGAAGGAGGAGGAGGGGGAGAAGGAGGAGGAGGAGGAGGAGGAGGAGGAGGAGGAGGAGUGGGAGAAGGAGGAGGAGGGGGGAGAAGGAGGAGGAGGAGGAGAAGGAGGAGAAGGAGGGGAUUGGUGGUGUGUGGCGGGUCGAGAGGGCGGAGGAGGAGAGAGUGGAGGAGGGGGUGGAGGAGGGGGUGGAGGAGAGAGUGGAGGAGAGGGUGGAGGAGAGGGUGGAGGAGGGGAAAUGGGGGAUGUGGAAGGGAGGUGUGCAGGGGUGGUUAGUGUGGUUGGAGAAGGGUGUGCGAAGGAGGGGGGAGUGAAGGAGGAAGGUAAUGAGGAAAGGGAGGAAGCGGAGGAGGGACGGAAGGAAAGAGGAGAGAAGGAGGAGGGAAGGAGGGAAGAAAGGGGGAGGAAGGAGGGAGGGAAGGAGGGAGGGAAGGGGGAAACAAGGGAGGGAGGGAAGGAGGGAGGGAAGGAGGGAGGGAAGGAGGGAGGGUUGCAGGAGCAUGUGGGGGGGGAAUUAGAAGCAAGAAAGAGUUUGGAUAGGCAAGUGGAAGGAGGCAAAGCCGGGGAGGAGAGGGGAGUGGUAGGAGGGGAGGGUGGUGGGGAGGGAGAGGGUUUAAAGAUGAAGCGAGAGAGAGGAGGGGGUUGCUGGAGAGAAGGAAGUCUAGGAGAGGAAGGAGGUGCAGGAACGGAGGAAGCUGUAGGAGAGGAGGGAGAAGGUACUGGAGUGGACAAAGGCUGCAGUUCUAAAGAGGAAACUAUUGGAGGGGCGGACAGCAAAGAAGGGGGGCGAAGGGGGGAACGAGGGGAAAUGAUUACAAGGGAUGAUUGGAAGAAAGGGGUAGAAGGGAGGGAGGGGAGUGGGUGGGGGGGAGGAGGUUGGGAUGAGGAGGGGAGAGGAGAGGGGAAAGGGGAAGUGGGAGUGUUGGGGGAUGAGGAGGAGGAAGGAGAGAAGGAGGAAUUGGAGGGGGGAAAGGAGGGGGGAGAGGAAGGGGGAGGAGGGGCGAGAGAGGAGCGGAGAGAGGAAGGGGGGGGAGAGGCGAGAGAGGAGGGGAGAGAGAAGAGGAGAGAGGAGGGACGAGAGGAGGGGAGAGAGGAGGGGCUAGAGGAAGGGAGUGAGGUGAAAUAUGGAAAAGAGGAGGAGGAAUCCGAGAAGAUGGAAGGGAAUGAGGAAGGUGGAGAGGAAGAAAAUGUGGGGGUUAAGGAGGAAGAGAAUGAGGUGAUGAAAUUGGUGAGGGUUGAGGAGAGAAAAGAGGAGAGGAAAGAGGAGAUGGAAGAGGAGAGAAAAGUGGAAGGUGGAGAGAAAGAGAAAGUGUGGGAGAAAGAGGAAGAGAAAGAGGAGAGAGAGGAAAGGGGAGAGGAAAGGGGAGAGGAAAGGGGAGAGGAAAGGGGAGAGGAAAGGGGAGAGGAAAGGGGAGAGGAAAGGGGAGAGGAAAGGGGAGAGGAAAGGGGGAGAGGAAAGGGAGAGAAAGGGGAGAGAAGGGAGAGGAAAGGGGAGAUGACAGAAGAGGGGAAAGGGACAGGGAAGAAGAGAAGGAAGAGGAGGAGAGGAAAGAGGAGAGCAAAGAGGAGAGGAAAGAGGAGAGGAAAGGGGAGGAGGAAAGGGGAGAGGAAAGGGGAGAGGAAAGGGGAGAUGACAGAAGAGGGGAAAGGGGACAGGGAAGAAGAGAAGGAAGAGGAGGUGAAAGAGGAGAGGGAAGACGAGAGGAAAGAGGAGAGGAAAGAGGGAAGAGGAAGAAGAGGAAGGAAAGAGGAGAGGAAAGAGGAGAGGAAAGAGGAGAGGAGGAAAGAGGAGAGGAAAGAGGAGAAGAAUGAGAGGAAAGAGGAGAAGAAAGAAGAGAUGAAAGAGGAGAGGAAAGAAGAAAUUAAAGAGGAAAGGAAAGAGGAAAGGGAAGCAGAGAGGGAAGAGGAGAUGGAAGAGUGGUCCUGGGGAGAUAAGGAAGAGGAGAUGGGGGAUGGGAAAGAUGGGAAGGGUGGGCAAGAAGCGAGGGGGAUUGAGGAAGGAGGGAAUAAGGAAGGGGAACAAGAUGGAAGGUCUGGGAAAGAGAGAGAAGGCGAGGAGGGGCAGGUUGAACUGGGGGAGGCGGUAUCUGAUAUUAGGAAAGAGGAAGGAGAGGAGGGAGAAGAUGAGAUAUUGGAGGGAGAGGAAGAGGGGAAGGAGGGGGAGGAGGGAGAGGAGGGAGAGGAGGGAGAGGAAGGAGAGGAGGAGGGAGAGGAGGGAGAGGAAGGGGAGGAGGAGGGAGAGGAGGGAGAGGAAGGAGAAGAGGAGGGGGAGGAGGGAGAGGAAGGAGAGGAAGGAGAGGAGGGAGAGGAGGGAGAGGAGGAAGAGGAGGAAGAGGCUGAGUGGAUGAAGAGGAGCAAGGAGCCGUUGGAUCCCAAGAAGCCGCUGCAAUCUGGGCCGUUCAGCAAAGUGCGCGGGAAGAAAGUCAAGGUGCCAGCACAGGACAACGACUAUGACUGCGGUUGUUUCAUCCUCUGCUACAUUCAGAAGUUUGCUCAGAUGGCUGCUGCUCUCCACGCUCUGCUGAUGGCGUCGCAGAUAAGCUGGCAUGCAUCCUUCCUUCCCCCGUACCCCCUUUUUCCCCUCCCCUCCCGCCACCAGCUGAGCAACGACUGGUUCGAGGCGUGUGAAGCAUCCUCUCUGCGCCGACGGCUCUUCUCCAUCGUGGCCGGCAUGCUGCUGCCUCAACAUCCCCCGCCGCAACCCCUCUCACCCCCUUCUCAACCACUCUCAACCCCUUCUCAACCAUCGCACCACCUUCUGAACCGAUCUCCCUUCCUUCACCUGCCUCGCCGGCCCUGCCCAUCUCUCUGCCUCCACUGCACUCCGUUCCGUCUCCUGCUCUUCCACCUGCUAUUUGUGCCGUUGCGGCUAGUGACUGUUGAGUCAACUCAAAAGCAAGUGGAGGAGGACGCAGUUAGCCCUGCUGAUGCACAUUCCGCUGAUGUGGGUACAGCUGGUGCAGGUGUUACUGCCGCAUCUGAUGCUGAUGAUGCUGGUGCCAACUGGAUGGCUCGUCCAGAGUCCAUACAAGAAGCAGAUGUGGGUGCAGCUGGUGAAGGUACAGCUGGUGAAGGUACAUCUGGUGAAGGUACAGCCGGUGCCGAGGCUGGGACUGAGGCUGGGACUGAGGCUGGGACUGAGGCUGGGACUGACGCUGCGGCUGAGACUGAGGCUAGGGCCAAGGCUGAGGCUGGGGCCGAGGCAGUGGCUGGGGCCACUGGCGGUACAGUUGGGCUGGAUGCUGCGUGCAGAGAGCAGUAUGCUGCUCGCAUGGCAGGGAAUAUGGAGCAAGUUGACACCCAAGGUGACAAUCAAGGCGACACCCAAUUUGACACCCGAAAUGGCACCAGAGGUGGCACUGAAGGCGACACCCAAGGCGGCAGCAGAGAGAGCGGUGAAGCGCUGGUGGUGUUUGGCAAGGAGCCGUGGCCUGCUUGGCCCUGGCGUGCUUCUGAGCCCGUGGGUGUAGGGAGGGAUGCUGAUGGGUUGGCAGGAGUUGCGGUGGAGGGGAAAGAGCGAGAUGGAGCGGAAGGGGCUGAGAUAGCUGGCGCGGAAAGGGAUGGGACAGAAGCGGUAAAGGAGGGGGAGGAAGAAGAGUUGGUGAGGGGAAGAGCACGAGGGGGGACGAAGCGGAAGCGAGUGAAACGCAGUGCUGGGUGGAGUGGGAGGAAGAGGGUUAGGAGGGCGGUGAAGGGGCCUGAGGGUGAUGGGAAGAGGAAGCAGGCUGAGGAGGAGGAGAGGAGAGAGGACGAGGGGGAGGAAAGGAGAGAGGAGGAUGGAGAGGAGAGGAGGAGAGAGGAGGAGAGGGGAAUGAAAGUGCGUGUGGUAGGAGGUAUGGGAGAGGGAGAGGAGGGAGGGGAGGGAGGAGAGCGGAGGGAGAGGGACAGGGAUGGGAGGGGAAGGUGGGUGCUGAUAAGGCUUGCAGCAUCGGAAGAGGUGAUUCGAGUGGGGAGGGGGGUAGAGGACGAGGACAGAGAGGUGGAUAUUGGUGGGAUGGGGGAUGAAGAUGAGGAGGGGCUGGGAGGGGCUGGGAGCGAGGGAGAGGAGGGGCAUGGAGUGGGUGUAGAGAGAUGCUCGGAACCGGACCAGCUGCUCAGCUUCGGCUCUGGCGAAGCUGAGUUGGAUCGGCUGGUGAAGUUUGGGUUUCCGAGAGCGCCACAGGGACAGCAACGGCGGCUGGCGGGAUUUGCUGAUCUGUUGAAGUGGAAUGGAGGGAGCGGUGGUGCGGAGGCGAUGGAGGAAGGUAGAGGGGUUAGGUGCGGUGCGGAGGAGGGGGUGUGGCGGCAGUGGGUUGAGAGGUGGAAGGAGGGGAGAGGGGAUGGGAGCAGCAGAGCGGGGGAGAGGAUGGUUGGGACGAGGGUGGGAGGAGAAGGGAUGGGAGGAGAAGAGGUGGGGGGAGAGCGGGUGGGAGGAGACGAGGCAGAAGGAGCAGAGACAGGAGGGUUGGUAGAGGCAGGAGGGGUAGAGGCAGGAGGGGUAGAGGCAGGAGGGGUAGAGGCAGGAGGGGUAGAGGCAGGAGGGGUAGAGGCAGGAGGGGUAGAGGCAGGAGGGGUAGAGGCAGGAGGGGUAGAGGCAGGAGGGGUAGAGGCAGGAGGGGUAGAGGCAGGAGGGGUAGAGGCAGGAGGGGUAGAGGCAGGAGGGGUAGAGGCAGGAGGGGUAGAGGCAGGAGGGGUAGAGGCAGGAGGGGUAGAGGCAGGAGGGGUAGAGGCAGGAGGGGUAGAGGCAGGAGGGGUAGAGGCAGGAGGGGUAGAGGCAGGAGGGGUAGAGGCAGGAGGGGUAGAGGCAGGAGGGGUAGAGGCAGGCAGAGUAGCGGUGAGAGUUGCGAGGAGAGAUUCUGAAGGAGAGGGGAGAUUUACAAAGAAGGGAGGGGAGGAGGUGGAACAGGAGGAGGGUGAUGAUAUGAAGAGUGAAGAGGAAGGAAGUAGUGAGGACAGGAGUAAGAUGGAAGAUGAGGGUUUCAUGGAGGGGGGUGAAAUAUCUCCUGGUUGGAAAAGGGAGGCUGAAAUCAAUCCUGUGAAGGAGCAAGGCUGUGAAGGCAGGCUUGAGGGUGGGCGUGGGGAUGGGGAUGGGGAUGGGGGUGGGCAUAUGAUUGGCUACGAGAUUGGGUAUGGUAUUGGGCGUGAGAUUGGGUAUGAGAUAGGGUAUGGGAUAGGGUAUGGGAUAGGGCACGAGGUGAGGAGUUUGGGUGAGGGAGAGGAGGCGGAAGAGGUGGAGAGGAGGGGGGAAGAGGUGGAGCGGAAGGGGGAAGAGGUGGAGCGGAAGGGGGAAGAGGUGGAGCGGAAGGGGGAAGAGGUGGAGCGGAAGGGGGAAGAGGUGGAGCGGAAGGGGGAAGAGGUGGAGCGGAAGGGGGAAGAGGUGGAGCGGAAGGGGGAAGAGGUGGAGCGGAAGGGGGAAGAGGUGGAGCGGAAGGGGGAAGAGGUGGAGCGGAAGGGGAAGAGGUGGAGCGGAAGGGGGAAGAGGUGGAGAGGGGAGGGAGCGGGAUAG